UGAGGUAGAGAGCUACCAGCGACGUUCACCUCUCUCUCUCCGGGUCCCACGUCCUGCUGAGCACAUAUCUUUGUGUUGCCUGCGUCUGCAAGCCUCACCAUCCUUCCACCAAGCCAGUGUCUUAAUAUUAUUCAGAAUCAUGCCUCCGAGACUCAACAUCCCUCCUAUCACUCGCAUUCUACUCAUCGCGCUCGUCUCCCAGAGUCUCCUGAGCUUUGCAAUCCGAUACCGACAGUGGUCAGAAGAGUCGGAUAUUGUGGUUCCCUACAUCGCUCUGGUUCCGCAGCUCUCUCUGAUCUAUCCUUGGACCUUCCUGACGACAACUUUGGUGGAAAACAAUGUCUUUACCCUCGGUAUAUCUGGUGUGACUAUCUUCUAUGGAGGCCGAUACCUAGAGAGAGCAUGGACAUCUACCGAGUUUGCAAAGUUCUUGCUGAUAACUGCCUUGACUCCAAAUGCACUUUGCUUUGGAACGUUGGUCAUCUUAUUUGCCGCUACUGGUGAUAUGAGCUGGACUCUGACAACCAUCAACGGCACAGUACCUCUCCAAAUCUCGUUCCUAGUCGCCUUCUCGCAGCUUGUACCUGCACAUACUGUCACCCUCUUUCGUGGCAUCGUUUCCCUUCGAGUCCCUCGAUUCCCACUUCUACACAUCCUCGGAGUCUCUCUACUUUCACUUACUCCUCUAUUGAGCGUAGCUUCGUUCCUCCUUGCAACAUCCGGGUUCUUGACAAGUUGGAUCUACCUACGAUUCUAUAAGCCAGCAUUUCCUGACUUGGACACUGCCCAGUCGUCACUGCGUGGAGAUGCCAGCGAGACCUUUGCCUUUGCCGAGUUCUUUCCUGACCCCGUCAAGCCUUUCGUUUCGUCUUUCUCGGACCAGGUCUACAACGUGCUUGUUUCCUUACGGAUAUGCAGCCCAUUUUCAGCGGCUGACGUAUCCGCAUCUCGAGGCGAUACGUUCAUGCAGCGGGGCACGCCUGGGAGUGCACGGGCUGAGGCUGAGCGGAGAAGAGCACUUGCAUUGAAGGCAUUAGAUCAACGUCUGCACGCCGCGACAGCAGGAAGUUCAAAAUCGCAGCCUCCACCACCGGCUACAGGACCAAGUGUACAAGUUCAGCCUCAGCCGAAUGUACAGACACCACAAGCUAUGCUUGGAGAAACAACAUAUGUUCCAGAGAGGGAAGGCGAAGGAUCGCAUUGAGGAGAGAUAUCAAGGCAGGAUGGUCUCAGUGGCAGGCUUGUAUUUCCAUACUUAUUUCAUGGCGUUAUUGAGCGUCUAUCCACGGAUCGGUAUAAAGCGAUAAUGUUCCAUGUAUUUAUCAACCUUAAGAUACCCUUACAUCGUACAAGCCUCCUAAUUCGUGACAUCUGAUCCCUGAAACAAGGAUAGGGAUAUUU